AUGGCGCAAGAUGCGCCCGCGAGACCAAAGCAGCCCUUGGACGUGCUUCAAAGCAUGCUCAAUGCAGUUCUCAUAGAGACUGGGAGAGCAUUAAAGGGUUCCAAUAAAGAAGGCGGUAAAGCACAAGUUGGAGCUACUCGGACGCAAUCCACCAUCCCUACCAUCAUUGAGCAAUUUCAGCAAGCAUUGGACGACUUGGAAAUCGACAUACUACAAUCCAAAUCCGUCCUUCAAAGAGAUCUUGAAGAAUGUCGAUCGAAAAGACUUGCUCUCGAAAAUCCCAUCCCAGUUGCAGAAAAGGCACCCGAACCUACUCCUACUCCGGCUCCGAAGCCAGUUUCUCCCACAAUAGCCAUGAACCGGGCUCCUAGUCAAUCCAAAACACUCCAACAACCUCACCAGUCCCCGAAGCCGUCGAAAAGUCCGGAGAUAAAGAAGGAACCUUUAAACAAGAGCCCGGAAUCAGUACGGCCUGUCGUGAAAGUGCCAGAACCAAUCCCCGAUCCGCCAAAGGAAUCUAUCGUUACAGCCCCUGAACCUCCAAAGCCGGCUUCUAAACCCUUACAAAUGCCAUCUCCUCAAGCUUCAACACAAGCUAGUGGUGAUAACAAAAUAAUCGGCCUUGGCAUUAAUACUGAAAAUACGCAGAACGACCCCAGUAACUCGGCUAUACAAGACUCGUCAAUUGACUCGUUAUUUGAUAUCCCAAAUGAUAAUGACGAUAAUAUUGAUAUGGACUUUGACAACAUGGACUUUUCUUUUGCCAUUAACUCACAAGAUCAGACUCAGACGCAGAGCAACGACUUUGAUCUAUCCACUUUUGGAAACAUGUCACAGGAUCAGAAUGUGACAAACAACGGAACGGGUGCUACAAACAUAUCACAGGAUACAUCAAAUAAUACCAACAGCAAUGGCAACAAACAAUUGACAGAUUCGUUUGACUUGGAUAAUGUUGGUGGUGAUGAUAAUAUGGACCUCGAUCUAACUAUGUUUGGCGCGGAUGAUAGCGUAUUUGAUGAUAUGUUCGUGGACGGCGGUGGCUUAAGUGCUGGUGGAGGAGGCGAAAUGGAGCAUGGCAAUUUUGACAACAAUUUCUUUGGGUUGGAAAAUUAG